AUGGUACAACUGCCGGUGGGCGGCCAGGACCAGGAAAAGCAGCUGCCAAAUGUAACGCACGACGAAGACCGGUGUGCCGCGGUCAACCCGCAAACGUCGUCAGCGGCCGUGGUCGGCAAAACGCAGCUUUCGCCAUCAAAGCGAGCCAUGGUUGCGGGCCGUCCGCAGCAAUCGAUCAGUGGCAACCGGCGCACCUCGUCCCGUCGGUUGAUCCCUGCGGAAGUGGUGUCCUCCUCGUCCUCUUCAUUGUCAUCAGCGUCUCCUUCGCCUUCCCCGGUCGGUGAUUUGAGCCACAACGCUUCCGAAUCCUGUCCGAGUGGCGCGCUCAGUGACAGUGAUGUAUUCAAGGUGCCAUCCGCCGCAGAUAAAACAAAACCGAGCCUCGUGUGCAGCUUACCCUUGGAUCGGUUGCAGUCGAUAUUGGCCGCGCUAAAGACCAACAAGCAAUACCUGGCAGGAGGUUCGGGCGACGCUCGGGAAGAUGGUAGCUCCACGUACAAGUUGUUGUGUCUUUACUGCGACCGUACGUUCAGCAACCAGCUGCUAAUGGUCAAGCACACCGAUCGAGUGCAUCGGAUAGCGAAGGAACGCCGUAGCAGUGCUCGGGUCAUUUCUGCAGCCAAUGGCACCGACGUAUCCUCGUGCUGCAUGCUCUGCCAUAAGGGAAAGGUGUUGAAUCCCGCCUCGGAGGACUUGUCGCAGUUGUUUAAGCAUUUGGUAAAGGCCCACUCGGAUCGGUAUCAUGCGUGCGAACAGUGCGUGUUACGCUUCCCCAGCGAAGAUGCCCGUGAAGCGCACGUGGAAGCCAUCCAUCCGGUUGUGAGUGGAACACGGCCAAAAUCCAAAGCUGCCCUCAAAGCUUUCGGCCCGGGUCAUAGCAUAUACAACUGUACUAGCAGCAGCAGUAGCAGUAGCAAGCUGUGUAAAGCCAACAAAAAAAUCCCUUCAUCCACGAACGUCGAAGAUGGGGCGCAUCAGGAAGCAGCUUCGCAAGGGCCAGUAACUGAUGCAGAGGCUGGGGGGUAUGGCUCAAACAUACGCCUGCGGUCUGCUCAUCGUAACGCCAGCACACCGGAAUCGCUGGACGCUGGUGGCUCUCAAUCCAAGUCCAAACUGUUCAAAAAGUCCGAACGGCUAAUAAUGCGCAACGCUGAACCGAUGCUACUCUCCCGGUUAGGAAUUGCCCAGCAUCGGUUACCCAGGCAAAGCCGGCGUCUACUGGCGGCAGCUUCGACGACAACUUCGGACUCAUUGUCCGCGUCAGCGACGGUCGCCACCUCCAACGGCGGUCGGGGAGGGCGAAAGAAAGCCACGGCCGUCAGUUCCACGGACGAGGCGCACUUGCCCGAAAACUGCUACAACAAAGUAACCAAGCUAAAAACCAUACGAUCCACACUGAACGUCCCGUCACCGUCUUCGAGUGUUGCGUCGAGUGAAACAGCAGAUGUCGUUGGUGGUCGAAGCAAAAAUCCUAGUGAAAACUUGGCUAACAGUGCCUCGGGAUCCAGUAACUGCGUUGCCACUUUUACCGCAAACCUUAGCAGGUGCUGUGGAACAGGUACGUGUACCGGUAGCAACAGUUCCAGCGCCGCCGGUAGCCAUACUUGUGCGACUGCUUUGACAGCAAGCACCAGCGGGAGUGGCCUCACUAGCAGUAGUGGGAUUUUCGAUGAAGAUUUCUACGAGAGUGUCAAUCGCAACGUACACAACAACCUCAGCUGCCAUUUGGACGGAAAGUUAGCCGCUUCUGCAUCCAGCGCGCCGAGCCCACUGAGUCUUCUGGCUACCAUACCAGCAGUGCGUUCGACGGUGGUCAAGAGCCCACUCGCUGCGGAGAGCAUGAUACACGAGGCGACGAACCUACCGGCCGUUACCGUGUCCUUCCCAACGCUGCUCACGGUCGAACAGUAUGGUAGCGAUUCGAUUUCAACUUCGGUAGCGGUGGCAAAGACGAAGAAACCGAUCACCAAGCACUCGUGGAAGUGGAAAUGGCACUGUGUGAAAAAAUACAAAUAUGUGAACGAGAACGGACGGAUUGUCAAAAAGAUCAAACAACCAAUGCAAGGGCUGCGGGAUCUUACCAAGCUGGACAUGUGGACGCAGCUGACGAUGCGCACGAAGCACGAACGCACGCGCAAUCACGCGAGCACCGUAGAGGAGGCACUGGCCGAACAGCGGAUUGCGGAGGUUGGGGCGGUUUUACGCCAGGAGAAACGGAUCAUGGUGCAGCAGUUGAACAACAUCCUCGACGCUCGGCUACUGCCACAGAUCGAUCUGGAGCAACACGACCAGCGAACUAUUAAGGUGGAACCAUCACUAGAGAACGAUCUCGAUGGAGGUGAUGGCAAUGAACCGCAUGUUCGGGCGGCGCUGGCACAGUGCACCAGCCAGUGUGCCAGUGUGCCUUCACUUGAGCAAGACUUUUUACAGAGCCUACAGCUUCUGCAAAUGGCACAACCUGCCAACCAUAAGUCGGUCGUUCUGAGUGGCGAGUGGGCCCGGCCUCGGUGCUACAUAUGCUAUGAAUGCGGAUCCAAAUUUGCUACGCUCAAGCAAAUAGAGGAACAUCGAACUUUCCGCCAUCCACACGUACACUCGACAUUCUACGAGAUUGUCGGCCGAGAGCUGAUCGAGAAUCAGCUCUAUAAGCACUUCUUCAUACCACUCGUAGCACUGUCAGCACAUCAGCUCCAUUACGCUCGCUUCAUCGUCGACGGUAUGGCCGGGGGCACUGCCAGCAUGAAUUGGUUCACCCACCGGGAAGCUGGAAGUAUUAGCAGUACCGAGAUUAAGAACGAAGACUCAUCCUCCAACGAAGCUACCUCGUUUUCUACGGCAACCAGUGCCUCCUCGUCUGCAUCGUCAUCCUUUUCCAGCAUCACCAGCAGCAGCACCACAACGGCCACGCUCGCGUCUCUGAUGCUGAACGACAGCACCAAUUCCAUUACCUCCGUCGCACAGUAUCCGAGUGCCGACGGUGCCGCCAAGCCAACGGGCGCAAACGAGAACAGUACCACGAUCGUGUGCAGCAAGUGUCGCAAGGAAUGUCCGAAUCUGUUGGUGCUGUAUGCGCACAUUCUGCACUGCUCGAACGAUUACGUUUGGCUGCAGGCGAAGAAGCGCAUGAAGUAUCGCCGGGCAAAGCGGCGACGGGCCGGAGGAAGUCGAAGUGGUAUCAGUAGCUGUGCAGCAUCGCUGAUUGCUGCGGCCCGGAAGGUACAACACCAGCAACAGAGUGCCGUCGAGAAAGCGGAAACGGCGUCGAACGUGUCUUCGUCGUCGUCGAGCGUGGAUUGUAACAGCUGCAAGAGCGGUAGCAGCGACAACCAAUCAGGUGUAAACGGGAAUCACAAAAAGUCAAAGUCACCGAAGCCAAAGGAAAACGACAGUGACAUUGUGAAGCGGUUACUGGCCAAUCUUCCUGAGAAACGCCACUCUCGUCAAAUACUACAAACAUCCAAACAAAUUCGCAAACAGUCCGGUGCAAUGAACAAGAAAUCGUUUGUGAGCAUCCCGAAAGGGACACCAAUGAAAAGUGGAAUGCGUAGACCCAGUGCACCUGCUGGCAGUCAAUGGAAGAAAGGAUCAUCAUCUGCACCGCGUAAGCCUUCGCAAGCGACAUCAGCAGUGCAAAGUACGUCGGCCAGUGACAGCCCCAAACGUUCGCCAUCAUCGCCUACGCCCGCCUCAUCAUGCUCAUCCUCAAUCGCAUCUUCAGCCUCGUUAACGUCACCUGAAAAGGUGCACGAUGUCGUCAUUAUAGAAAAACCAGCCCAAUUACCUUCCCGGUCGCCGGAUGAAAAACGUUUGAAAGCUAGCGGUAACAAAGUAAAAGAAUCGAAGCCCGCAGCUUUCCGGCGUACUCGUGGCAUCGUUGGAAAAAAGAAGGCCUUCAGAAAAACCAAACUAAUUUCGAAAGGCAUCGCUGUCGGUAAGCCGAUGGACAAAAUGACAUGGAAAAAAGCCAAUCGCCAGUUACGGAAUGCUGCUACCGGCACUCUCCGGACGCUACGUAGUGGUAGACACCGUGAACCCAAUGUGGCUCGGAGUAAUACUAAACGUCCUAAAAAGAUCAGGAAAGGUAUCAGGAAAAAACGUACCGUUAGGGCAGAGUUGCCAAAGAGUCCUACGGACGGAGAGCUUGUUGGCAGUAAGACGCGAACGCACAGUGAAGAAUUUCCUCAUAAAUCAGACGAAGAGUUGCAGAUACAGGCGACAAAGAAAACAAGUGAUGGUCGUAAUGAGGAAGCUGCCGAACCCUGCAAACCAGAAUCAGUUCUACAACAGCUGGAAGAAAAUGAGCAAGCCGAAACGACGCUGGACGAAAUAAAAGAAACAGAAGAACCCCUCAAAAUCGGCAAAGAAUCCGAGCCGGAGACUGUGGCUGAGGAAAAGGAACUCACAAUCAAGAACCAUAAUGACGAUUCGAGUGAGCAGCAAAAAGCCACAACCCCAGCCAACCUCACGGAACAUCUGCCCUGUCCCUCAGCAUCUGCCGCACAAGUUACCCCAAAUCAGCCGAUCAAACCACAGUCGAGCACGGUGUAUCCAUCUGCUCCCAUCAAACGCAACUCUGUGGAUACCGCACAGGGGUUGGAGUCGUUGCGUGAAGGUGGUACAGUUGAAUCUCCACUGUCCGGUACAUCAACGUCUCUGGCGAGCAACAUUAUUCCCAAAUGUAACCUAUCAUCGGCACAAAAACGAAGACCCAAAAAACUAAACGACUGCAUCGCUAUGUUGACGGGAAUGCUCUCGGAACGCAUAGGGGUGGAUUUUUUCAAUCAAACCAAUCUUACCGGCAAAUCCAGUUCACGCCAAUCUCUAUCACCGCCACCAGCAGCACCGCCACCAUGCCAAACACCAAACAAAUGUCAGCCAGAGCCAGUAACGCUAAGUGUACCGCUGAGUAACAAACCGUCAGCGGCGGUAGCAUCAACAAUGGAGUGUGCUUCUCCAGUGAGCUGUAACCCGGCAUUACCUGAUGUGCCGGCCGUUUUGAAACGAUGCAGCCCAGUUUCGUGCCAGUCGCCGAUUUCUCCAGUACCGCUUCUGACGGUAGCCAACGCAACACCACUUCGUACUCCCGUGUCAUCCAAAGUAUUACCUGCAAAGGCAGUGGCUCCAAUUCCGCUCCCACCCAGCCGACGACCAUCAGUGCAUGUUUCAGAAACGAUCGCAAGCACCCAUCAAACGGCCGCAAUUGCGUUGGUUGUAAACAGUGCAGCAUCGAAACCGCCGGAAGCCACGCCAUUAAAUGCUGCCCGUUGUUCGCUCCAAUCGGUACAGCAACAAGAAGCGAUUAGAGCGAUGGUUGCGGAGUUUUCCGAUGAACCGUUGAAUCUGUCAAAAACCAGCACAAUCGGAGUUGCGAUGCAAAGCGAGAUGCGCAAUAACGGGCAAAAAUUUAAAUACGCUCAUGAGGGUGCAUCUCUGCCACAGCAGCAACAUCAACAGCGAACUGGUAUCUUUGCACCCAGAUCAUUGGCUCAUUAUCACCACCCACAACCGUUGCAACAGCAGCAGCAGCAGCAACAGAAAUUAGUUCAUCCACUUUACCAUCAUCAAAAGCAAACCCUGAACAAUGGCGCCAAUCCAUUUAAAAUGGAGGGAUCGCAAGCUGCCAACAGUUCGUUUACCAUUACACCGAAGGCUGGAAGUGGAAAUUUAUCAUCGAUAAAACUACCGCCGGGUUUGAUCAUCGAAAGGGUGGAAUACAAGCAAUCAAGGCCGGUCAUUUCCAAGGAAGCACCAUCGGUAACAAUCGUCGCACGGCAUCGGCAGCCGCCACAAUCGGUGGAUACGGCGCUUCAAUCGGUCGGCGAACAUCAUACACUUUUAGUCAGGCCGCAAGAGCAUGCGCAACAAUUGUCUAAUGCACACAGCACAGCUCCGUUCGUAAACAAUGCAACGUCCAGUAGGAGCAGCUCCUUGGAGACAAAUCGUAAAAAUGUACCGCCUCAUCAGUACGAUGUUCCGACGAAGGAACUACCGCACCAGCAUAUGCACCUGAGGCCAAACAACAGCGAAAUCGAGCUGCUAGCCAAUCGUGAACCGCUCGUUGAACGACCAACAGGCCCUCUGAUUGAAAACAAAAUUUCAGUGACAAUCACGGAAGCCAAGCGCGAACGACUUGCGGACAUAACAUUCUUACCGAGGAAAAGUUCUACAAUGGUGUGUUCACGAAACGAUCCGUCAGAAAUGUUACCAUUCCACAGUCACCCGAAACCAGUGCCGACUUCGACCUCGGCGUCUAUAUGCGCGAAACUUUCGCCAGUAAUCCUAUCACAGUCGCAGCUUCCGAAGAAUUCGACCGUUGUCGAUAAGCCUGCUUUAACUACGCUAAUCAUUCCACAAGUACCGAUGCCCCAAAUCCCUGCCGGCCAGGCGCUAGCAUCGAAGCCAAGGAAACCGCGAAGGAAAAGUGUGUUCGUACCACUGCCUACCGCAGCACCAUCGACCAUGAGCAAUUCGUUAACACCAAUAACGACGCCAACUAUGUUGCCUCCCUUUACUGGUGCCAAUCUGCUGGCAUCUAUGUCGUUAUCGUUUUUGCCUCCUGGUCUAUUGGCCGGACCACCUUUGGGCCUAGACUUUCACCGACUGGCUUCGGUCGUACUUCCGGCGCAUCUGAAGCCUCCGGAAAUACCUCCACUGACGAUACCAUCUACGCCACCGGCAAACGUGGUAAAACAUAGACGACAAUCGACACACGCACGCAGCGAAACGAUGAAGCAUGCAUUUGAGCAAACGCUGAACGUGCCUUGUGAUUUGACUCCGAAGCUUCCUGCAACGGUUUCUGCCGUAACUGUAGAUUCCGCUGCUGCAUCGCUGUGUUCUGAUCCUAAUCCACCAUCUGUGGUACCUGCAAAACUUCGGAACACAGCGUUGGCGCAAAGUGCCGUGACCAUGACGUUCAAUACAACGAGAGAUACGGGUGUGGUAGCCACUGAGGCUAGCUAUAGUAAGGGACCGGAAUUCGUGCAAAAGGAAGGAACGGCGAAAGAACCCCAACUGACAAGUCUUCGAGAACAAAACCAGGAUCGUUUGGCAACAGAAGAGCGACACAAUCGACACCAUUUAGAGCAUGAUCUACAGGCGAUCCCUUUGACUAUGAAAAGGAACGAUCGAAUCGAGCAACAACAGUACCCAGAAGCUGCAACCCACAGUGCGCACCAGAAAAGUGAAGCCGAUCGACAAAAUGAAAAUCAAGACGAUCGGCGUCCAGAAACAAAAGCAACAGAACACUCCAAAAUAGAUGUAACCCCAACGCAAAUGACGAGCAUCGACGAUACGAACGUAACACAACCGGUGUUAGUCGCUCCUCAUAAAGACCAUCUGCUGCUGUCCGACACCGGCGCUUUUGACCACGGUAAGCAGAGUGACAUUGUAGAUUCAAAAUUGCAGUCAAAAGCCAAUGUCGCACAAAAAGGAAGUCAAGAGCAGGAAUCGUGUUCGAACGAAGUCCACGAUCAGUCCGCCGCAUCGGAUAGCCUCUUGCCACCGGAUUCCGCGGCCGAGCGAAUCGUGUCGUCUCCGUCGGUGCAGAAGAUAACACGUAAGCGACGAAAGAACGAACUGGCCUCGAUACUCUCCGAUCAGCUGUUGGAAAGCUUCAAAGAGGUGGACAAAUCGAGACUAAACGACCUGAAACUACUCCACGACAUAACCUGCGAGAAGCCGGACGUCAAGUUUACCCUCGAGCAGAUACCGCAGCUGGCUAAGCGUAAAUCAAAUCCACGAAUACCCGAACUGCUGGAAUCGUCCAAGGGUGGAGGAUCGUCGGCGGACAACAAUACUGCUGCAAAGAAAACAAACCCAUCUGCCAAGAGAAUUCAAUCGAAAACGCCAUUGCCCAUGGAAAAAGCUGACAGCAAAUCGGAGGAAAAAUCAACGGAAAUAGAUUCGCCCGACUUCGAGUCGGAUCUUCUGCGAUCAUCGAAGAAAAAACAGCAGGGCACACCAACACCUGAUAUCCAGGAAGCCGUCGAGGACAACGGCACGUUGAAGAACGUACCCAAACAGAAUGCAACGACGGAAGAAGUGAAAGAUGCGCACAUAAAACAACCAGUUGCAGGAAGGCGUACACGGAAGCUUUCGAUCGACAUCGAGCGCGUGGCCCCGGUCGUACAGAGAAAGGAGCGAGCGACGACUGCUGUGCAGAAAUUGAUGGCGGUGGACUUAGUGAAAAAGCGAGACCUUGCAAACACACCAGCCAGUGGACCAACACGAAAAGGAAAAACAAAGAAAAUUGAGAUGGACACUGUGGAAGGACCAAUGCGUAAAAUCACUAACGCAAAUGAACAACAGUCCUCAAAUGUGAUAAGUCCAACCUUGGAAGCCUCUCAUAUCGAGGGUAGCACGAAGGUGGCAGAAGACACGACACCACGACAAAAUGGAGAAAAUCCAAAAUCAGGCCAGAAAAACACUAAGAAAACGUGUCAGGAGCCGAAUAACGCACUAGCGGAUGAUAAACAUUGUUCUACCGUCAAAGAUAAAGUAUUACCAUUGGCAGAUGGCAAUAAAGUGCUGCGAGAAACAACUCCUGAAGCUACUCUUGAAAACACAACUCCACCAAAACGAAUAAUGACUCGUCGGAAGUCCGUGUUUGUCGACCGGGACCUGGCGCAGUACGUCAAUCGAGACGAGGAGCAAACGCUACGAUCCGUCAACUCGUUCCAGGACGAUCUCAUACUAACAUCCCGCCGCGGUACGCGCAGCCAGGGGAACAAAAACCUGAGCCUGGUAGAGAGCUUCGUCGAGGCCACGAUGAAGCCCCGCGAUCCUAGAAGAAAAAUCGUGCAGAAACGUUUAGAGGAGGAACAGCAACAACGGGUCGCAGUGGAAAGCCGCGAAGCAGCGUCCACCAAAUUGCGCGAUGAGUCCAUCAAUGUUGAGAAAGUUGCCAAAGUGUGCUACAAGACGGACAAGAAAGUGGACCCCCAGGAGGAACUUGAAAAGUCUCCACCCCGUCGGAUCAGUACUCGCCGAGCGUCGGUUCUCGUACGGUCGCCAUCGGUGCUAUUGCAGCCACCAUCGACCCAAGACACUCCAUGCAAAGCGGAAGAACCACUUUCUUCCGCUCAGGAUGAUGACAAUUUGCGAACGAUUAGCAACGAAACGAAGCGGAUCUAUCGGCGACGUGCCUCUAUCUACCAGCUACCAGCGGAACUGCUAGAGCAUCCACAGGACGCCCCAAAACCCGAUCUCGCGGUGGAGCCUUUGGAGGAGAAAAAGCGCACCGGUUUCCAUAAUCGUCGCUCCAAAACACCGGGUCCAGGUGUACGCGGUAAUCCACUUCCGUUGAACGGCACACCGGAACCGCUGCUGGAAUCAUUGUUACUGCAAACGACCGCCGCCAACGCUGCCACGCCGAACGGAUCGAAGAGACGGACCACAAAGAACAGUCAAAUAGCCGAAACAGUGUCCAAGUUGUUCAACAUCCAGGAGGAGAUUAUGCUGAUCGACAGUACGAGGCGGAAAUUGAAGAAAACUAGCAGCAGCACGCCAACCCCGUUAGCGACGACACCGGCCGUGAAAUUAGAAGCGUUGGUAUCAGCAGGGAGCGACCGGGUCGGUGAUGAAGCGAAACCCGCACCCAUCACGGAGGAGUUGCAAUCUGUGGCGAACGCGUCCACGACAAUGCCGAAACCUCAGAAAUCGAUUUCCUUCUCGAGCGACUCACCAAAACCGACGGAGGAAGCUGUUACUUUGAACUAUGGAACCGACAGUGACUCGAUGGGCGAUUCGGACGAUGAUAAUAUGUCGCUCGCAUGUUACGUGGCGCGCCGGAUGGAGUCCGGAUCGAAUGGUCGGCGAGCGUUUGUAAAACCACCGAAAGCGACUGGCGCGCUGGAGGAAGGCGUCGUGUACGUCCCGGAACGUGCCAAGUCGGUAGCCGAUGACGAAAGUGCAACGAACACUGAGGCCAUGGACGAUGACAUGAGCGUGACGACCGAGUUCCAGCCGAUGAAUGCGACCGGCAUGCGGGGCGGAAGGCGCCGCCGAAAGAGGCGCAAAUCGGUGCGUUGCGGUAGCAAGAUCCAGCGCCAGAAAGCGAAGGCCCAGGCCGAGGAAGGCAAGAUGCUAGUGACGUACAACUGUGACCUAUGCAAGAAGGUGUUCAAGAAGCAGGACGCGUACAACAAGCAUCGCAUGACGCUGUCGCACAUUGCCAAGUUGUCCGAGCAGGAGUUUUUGAUGGCCCAGCAAAGGGUGGACCAACAACUAGCCGAAGAACCAGUGCCAGAUGGCACAGUUUCUGCCACUGAAUCGCGACACAGUCAAGAAAGCAAGCAACAUCAAGAAACCCACUGUGUGACUGUGGACACGUAUCCGGUUUCAAACGAGCAGGGAGCCCCAGCACCGGCGCCACCUUCCCAGGCCUUGGACGGAGCUCUCGCAACGAUGGACGAAACAGAUAAUCAACUGGUUCCGCUGAAGGAACCAGUGAAAAUACUGAGCCAAGAGGAGAAAUUGUUCUACGAGUGUUGUUCGAUGCUGAAAGAGUCCAGCGCCGGCGAUGCGGUGGGAGAAUGCGGCGGCAAUCUCAAUCUGACCGUAUCGCUCAAAUCGAACGAAGCCAUAUCCGGUACCGGUGUGCCACCGGAGAACGUACUCGACUCACCGUUGGGGUCAUCAUUUGUAGGACCAGCCACAGCGAGCAAGAGCACAGUUGCAGGCUUCACGGAAGUUACCGCGAGCGAGUUACCAUCAAAAGAGGACGACAGGGCGCAACCAACCAUCACCUCGGCUAUAGAUGGAACUAGUUUUCCACUGUUUCCGGAGCUGGUACAACAGCGACCAAGAACCACCAUGAGCGAUGAUAACUACGGUAGCGUUUCGCCACAGCACUCAAUCAAAUCGUCCUCGGCCAGCAACUGUUCACUGUCGUUUGCGCAAAACAAUGCGAAAAUCAAAACAAAGGGCGCCCUGAAAGGGUUCGACAACUUCAAGGUUUCCAUUCCCAUGUCCGGGCUGAUAGUGUCGGCCAGUGGUGGUGGCGGCGUCAGCGGCUGUGCGUUCUCUCCGCUCGGUGUGGGUGCCGAUCCACCCAUAGAGUCGCGCUUGGACACACUGGCCGAUAUCGCAUUGUGCGGAGACAUUCCGAAGGAGUUCGGUGUGCUAAAGCCGCUGUUGGACGUUGACACAGUAAUUGAAACCAAGGUUGACGAUAGCAUUCCCCCGGCUCAGGUUGAGAUGGACUUUGCGUUGCAGUUGCGAAAGUCUGACAACAGUGGCGAGGGAGCUGGGCUCGUUACUGUAGCUAAAGUUUCAAAACCUCAAUCCUUGACGAGUUCCCGAGCAAGCCGUACCAGACGGGGAGGUUCGGAAUUCGGCAACAAACAGCGAAGGAAUGCUUCUUCGAUCGCAAGUAGAAACGACGAUCGGUCGAAAACUGAAAAUCAUGGACCAAUGAUGGCGAAGAAAGUUGGCGCCGCCAUAUCAUUACCGUUGAUCCAGGUGGAGCGUCCACCAGCGGAGGAGGAUGUGUACGCGUUUCAGGACUCACCGACCGACGUGUUCUUUCCUCCAACGUACGCAUCGAAGAAGCAUCUCUCUGAGACACUGCCGGUGCCAGCGGACACUGGAUGUGAGGCCGUUCAACCUAAGGGGCUGAACUUUGCAAAGCACCGGUCGGCGAACGAACUGUGUACGGAGGAUCAGGAUCAAGACAGCCAGAUGUCCAGUUUGAGUUUCUCCGAUCGGGACGAUUUCGUGUACGGCACCAACACGCUCUCGGAGGAAGAGGAAGCGGACGAGGACGAGGAAGACCUAAGCAGCAGCUACAGCAGCGGUGGUGGCGUUAACGCCGGCGGCAACGCUGGCGGCGGCCAGACGAUUCCCAAAAAGCCAGUUAAGGCGGACGUCAAAAAGAAGAGUCUCAUAAUGGGGCGCAUCUUUAAGAAGGGCAGUGCCAAGGAAAAGCUAAAGGAGGAGACUGUUAAGAAGGCACCGGUUGCAGAGUCAACAUUCGAUGCGGUGGCCACCACCACCAGCGCGGUAAUGAAGGAAGACUUUGACAAGCUCUUCGAUACGUUGAAGAACGCUGCCGAAAUCGAAAAGAUGGCGUCGCUGCCACCUGUAGCGUUCGGGGAACGUUCCGAUUCCGAUGGGCGCUUGCGUCGUAGAGCUGUGCAACAGAAAAAAUUAACCGAAACGUGGGACUCGGAUGAAUAUGAAGAGUUCCACGUCGACGACGUGAUGAGAUUGAUAGACGAAGCCGACGAAGAUGACGAACUGCAGCUGAAUACGGAACCGUCAAAACCUGGCGCCAAGUGUGAGGACAUAAAACUUCUUUCCGAUGCCGCACCAAGGACGUUGUCGCUUCUUGUCGGAAGUGUGGACGAGGCUAAGGAAAAGCUGUUCGAACCGGCCAGCAGUGGCGUGGACACAUCGAUGGUGAUUGACACCCCAGACAUCGAUAGAGCUUCCAGCAACUUGGGAAGCGUUGUGACGGACUACACUAUCCGGAAGGUGAUGGAAAGCGUUAUUCUGGAGACGAUGGGCAAAACCACUCACAAGCAACCGACGAAAGGGAAGUCAUCGAAAGGGCAAAGCGGUGGCGGUGGUGCCGCCACAAGCAGCCGAGGUGCGAGCAAGAAAAUUUUGCGUCCCGAAACUUCUACGAAUGAUCUCAAACCGGGACUGCGGCAGACGUCGCUCGAGGAACACGUGCUAGAGUCAAGCGUGGUCAUAUCGUCGCGUACGAUCACUACCAAGUUCAAGCAAAAAAUUAACUCGUCGAUGCAACAGCAGCAGCGCACUGCCAUCAGUGGUAAGCAUGAACCCAUUAGACAAGUAAGUGAACAGGACGGCCAAGCAGGAGAUCCAAUUGUAAGUAGCGCCGCAAUGGCGAACCACUCAACGACGGCAGACGGCGGUCGAGUUACCCCGUCGCUGGGGAACAACAACAACAAUAGCUGCAACAAAAAUAACAACAAUAACAACCCAGAUGGCAAGGUAAGACAAUCUACUUCGUGCACUGUCGGUUUCAGAGCGGGCCAGAGCAACACAGUGGUCGGCGCAUUGAGUGAAGCCGCCAGCAAACCCAAAAGCGCCUCAGCGGAACUGCCUGCAGGAGCAGAAACAUCAGUCCCUGCAGACAGUGCCAGCGGGACGACAACCGCCGGCACAAAAGAUCGCAGAACUUCGCAGGCAACCACCAAACAGCGCAAGCAGCCGCAGAAGAAAAUGAAAAACGUCGCAUAUGACCCGGACAGCGACUUCGAGGACAACAUCAAGUGCAAGAAGGUUAAGCGCAAGCUGCUAGAAAGCGACAUCGAGGGAAACCUGAAGAUCGAACAGCUUCAGUCGACGCUGAUCGAUAGCAGUAUUCUGAUGGCGGUACCGCGCCGGAAGCGUAACGCCGUCGAUAUGCUGUACUACUGGUCGUCCACUAGCGACGAAGACGAGGAUCAUCCCGACAGUGAUUUCGCGGAGAAGAAAAGUGGCAAAAAUAAACCGAUAAAAUCCGCCGCCACAAAUGAUAAGAGAAAAAGCUCGACUGCAACCGCGUCGUCCGCAAAGCAGGCGAAUCGUGGGGGAAAGUUCGGAGAAAAUAACGCUGAACGCUCGUUUGACUCGGGAGACGGUGGCCAAAAGGCGCCAAAAGAGUCGAAAACGAAAAAGGCCACCAAAACGAAACCGACGCCAGCGAAAACAUCCAAAACAAAGGAAAACUCGGAAGAACAGAGCGUUAAACAGCGCCAGAGCAGAAAGCAGCAGCCGCGCGAUGCAGAAUACACGACGGAAGAGUUCGGAACCUCCCCCACCGUGCCACCGGAGGAGGAUGACUUCAGCGGCGAUACGGGCACCAGUAACGAGCAUCUGCAGCAGCACGGCUGGAUUGUGGGGGACUCGCAUAAGAAACUGGUAACUCUACUGGCGCACGCCAAAGUCAAGCACGACAGUCGCAAAACUGUUAACAACCGGCGAAAGUAGGGAAACAAUGGGGGGUCCAAAACAGUGGAUACUAACCGCACACUUCUUAGUUUUCUUAGUGCAAUAGCGACUCCUUAGUUCAACCAUAAUCAGACCAUAAACAACCCAGCAUGCAACAGUCUGCGGUGGUCUGCUGCGGCAGAAUGUUAGAAGCUUGUGAUGAAUGAGAAGAAAUGCAUUUCUAACGGACCGAAGAAGGGACAACGGAUGGAACGGAACAUAUUUUAUACUCAAACGAAUAAAUUGAACAAUACAUCAAUAAUACACUUCUAAAGGAAAUUCAAACAUAAGAUAAGAAUGUGAUAAAUUUUCACGCUACUACUGAGCGUGUAAAAAAGCGCAACGAUAGGUGUUAUGGUGACGGUGGGCGCAUCAGUAGUAUCAGUACCAAUUUUUGGAAAUAGUGAUUGUAAACAACAUAAAUACACAGCGCCGCCGUUGAUUUAAAGACACAACAGAGUUUCAUUACAGAGCCCUCAAGCUUCGUUGCAAGCGUUCUCGUCCUUCUUCGUGUCAGGAGAUGGCAACAUCUUCAGUCUUUUAAACUCCAUUCGAAGAUCGUCAUCUUCAACGCUAGAUCAUUCGUGUAUAACGAUUAUUACACACAAUCAAACGACUUUAUAAUUGCUGGCAAGUUACACCCGUAAUCUGACCAACAAGAGGAUAGAAUUAGCAGUAGAGGGAUGCGCAGUUUGCUGAUGCAUAGUGUGAACUAGACGAUCCCAAUGAUGGCAGAAACAUAAAUUGCUGCAUACUAAAAUAGAAUUGUAACCACACCAAUCGACGCUUUAAUGGUGCACAAAUGCGUAGAAUAAUGGCCGGAACGGAGAUCGAAACGAAACAAAUAGGCAAACCCAGGCAACACAACUAAACGCAACAUGAUAGAGCUUCCUAUCUGCCCCCCCGUUUAGAGAGUGCUAUGGUGUGUAGAUUGGAACAUAUGAGUAAGCCGCGCGCCAUACUCAGAGACCCUCUUAAAUAUUGAGUCCGAUGUAAAAUAGCAAGACACUGUGUUUUUUCGUGAACACUAUAAACACGCAGCUACUACCCAUAAUCAACAGUGCUUGAUGUGAAAUACCUGUCCAUCGGUAUGUGGACUGUAAAAGGGAACAGCAGGGGCAAAGUUGAGAAAUAAAACAUCAGCCACACAAAUCCACAAUGUCCGGGGGCGCUUACUCGCCAAAUGUACGAGGGAUUGUAUUCGAUGGUGUCUGUUUCUGUGCGUAUAUAACGUAACUGUUUAAAUUAGGCGUAAGUUUAGUGUAAAUGUGGCAAGUAACACACACUAUUUUUAGAUAGUGUUAGAAAAUGAAUCUACUGCAGUUUACUAAAAGAAACUAUCGAACGUGCUUUCUUUGUCAAGUGCAAUGGGCUUAUCAUUAUUUGCCGUUUUCCGUCGUCACUUCCUAGCCUCUACUUUUACAUCCUUACAGAAGACCUGAGUGAAUGUGAACGUUCACGAAUCGCUUCUGCAAUAGCAAUACUGUCGAACCGUGUUCUAUGGCCAAUUUAUAGUCGUAAUCUCAGUUAGCAAAGUUUGUUUUCGAAUGUAAGUUUUUUUUUUAGUAAAAGGCAAACUCAACA